CAACACUUGAGCGAACGAUCGGGACUGGCAGCAACGAGUGCGUUUUAAUAUUAUUCCUUUGUUGUUAUAAGAUACAUUGGAAAUCAUUCAGGACAACGAUGCACUAAAACCAUUUAAUGAUACAAGGUAUUUUAUGGACUGUAUUUUUGACAUCUUUGAGUGAUGGAACAAAGAGGACGCAAAGAAUGGAGGGCGCGACAGUGUUGGUUCACCUUUGUGGUUGUGUUUGACGUUUUAUGGAGCGGAGCCUAUGCACAGAUCAGAUAUUCCAUAUCCGAGGAGGUUCAAGAUGGAACUGUCGUCGGGAAUAUAGCUAAGGAUCUGGGACUAGACAAGAGUGCACUCAAAGACAGAGGAUAUCGCAUUGUAGCAGGCUCAACUGAACCCCUGUUUCAAGUGAAUCAACAUGACGGUAUCCUCUAUGUGAAAGGAAGAAUAGACAGGGAGGAGGUGUGCGAACGCAGCAGUCCAUGUAUGAUCAGUUUGAAAACCGUGCUAGAAAACCCACUGGAGAUCCAUUAUGUGUCAGUGGAAAUAGCUGAUAUAAAUGAUCACUCGCCUGAUUUUCCAGAGAAAGAGAAGAGGCUUGAGAUUUCCGAGUCGGCUCUAGCAGGAGCGAGAUUUCAACUACAGACUGCGCGCGACCCCGAUAUAGGCCAGUUCUCCAUUCAGCAAUAUAAACUCAGCCACAGUGAAUAUUUUAGGGUUGAAGUCAAGGAUAGAGGAGAAGACCGUAAAGUACCAUUCUUAGUUCUGCAGAAGCAGCUGGACAGAGAAACAGCUGGGAAACACAAGUUACGUCUAACAGCUAUUGAUGGAGGAAAACCUGCGAAGUCUGGUGAUACAGAAGUAAUUGUGGAUGUGCUUGAUGUUAAUGAUAACUCACCUGUGUUCACUAAAGAGUUGUAUUCAGUCACUAUAAGAGAAAACGUGCCAGUGGGCACUGUGGUAAUUCAGGUAAAUGCAACUGAUUUGGAUCAGGGUGCAAACUGCGAGAUAAUAUAUUCAUUUGGUAAAGAAGUUGAUUCAAAAUUAAUGGAUCUCUUUGGUAUUGAUGCAAACACUGGUGAAAUUCAAGUAAAAGGUCCGAUAGAUUUUGAGAAAAGUAAAAGUUAUGAAAUUGACAUUCAGGCGUCUGAUAAAGGACCAGUUCCUCUAACAUCUGACAGAAGUGUUUUGAUAACUGUUACUGAUGUUAAUGAUAAUGCACCUGAGAUAGAAGUGACCUCAUUUUCCAGCUCGAUCCCUGAAGACUCCAGACCUGGAACCACAGUUGCUCUGAUCAGUGUAAAUGAUUUGGACUCUGGACUUAAUGGAAAAGUUAUUUGCUCCAUAGAAGAGGAUGUUCCUUUUGCUUUAUCUCCAUCCGUAAAAGACAAAAUGUUUUCAUUAGUAACCAAAUCUCCUCUGGACAGAGAGAAACAGUCACAUUAUGACUUGACAAUAACUGCAAAAGACGCUGGUCAACCUCCAUUAUCAAGUGAAAAGACAAUAAGCGUUGUGGUGUCAGAUGUGAAUGACAACACUCCAGAGUUUUUACUGAGCCCCUAUACUUUCUAUGUCACUGAGAAUAAUGAGCCAGGAGCCUCUGUGUUUUUGGUUAAAGCUUCUGAUCGAGAUGAGAAUGAGAAUGCGCACAUUUCCUAUCAUAUUGUCAGGGAUGUAAGGGAAGGUAAUAAAAUGGCUUCAUUUCUAAACAUUAACUCUGAGAAUGGAGACAUUGUGGCGCUAACGAGUUUUGACUUUGAAACAGUGAAAACGUUCCAGUUCCACGUUGUGGCCACAGAUUCGGGAACUCCGUCACUGAGCAGCAACGUCACAGUCAACGUGUUCAUCCUGGAUCAGAACGACAACCCUCCAGUCAUCCUGUAUCCACUCAGCUCCAACGGGUCUGCUGAAGGUGUGGAGGAGAUCCCCCGCAAUGUGAACGCAGGACACUUGGUGACUAAAGUCAGAGCCUAUGACCCUGAUAUAGGAUAUAACGGCUGGUUGCUCUUCUCACUGCAGGAACAUACUGACCACAGUCUCUUUGGUUUGGACCGCUACACAGGACAGAUCAGGACACUUCGCUCAUUCACUGAGACAGACGAGGCUGAGCACAAACUGGUCAUACUGGUAAAAGACAAUGGCAACGUGUCCCUCUCAGCAACAGCUACUGUGGUUGUCAAGCUUGUGGAGCCCAAAGAGGCUUUUGCAGCUUCUGAUGUUAAAAGUGCAGCAAAAAAAGAUGAUGAGGACACUAAUGUGACUUUUUACCUGAUGAUAACUUUGGGCUCAGUGUCUGUACUUUUCCUCAUCAGUAUCAUCGUGCUGAUCGCGAUGCAGUGCUCCAAAUCCACAGACUAUACUUCUAAAUAUCUACAAGAGGCUAAUUAUGACGGGACACUGUGUCACAGCAUCCAGUACAGAUCUGGAGACAAACGGUACAUGUUAGUUGGACCCAGGAUGAGUACAGGAUCUACUAUAGUCCCGGGCAGCCACGCGAACACACUAGUGCUCCCUGACAGGAGGAGGAUGUCUGAGGAGGAACAUACUGACCACAGUCUCUUUGGUUUGGACCGCUACACAGGACAGAUCAGGACACUUCGCUCAUUCACUGAGACAGACGAGGCUGAGCACAAACUGGUCAUACUGGUAAAAGACAAUGGCAACGUGUCCCUCUCAGCAACAGCUACUGUGGUUGUCAAGCUUGUGGAGCCCAAAGAGGCUUUUGCAGCUUCUGAUGUUAAAAGUGCAGCAAAAAAAGAUGAUGAGGACACUAAUGUGACUUUUUACCUGAUGAUAACUUUGGGCUCAGUGUCUGUACUUUUCCUCAUCAGUAUCAUCGUGCUGAUCGCGAUGCAGUGCUCCAAAUCCACAGACUAUACUUCUAAAUAUCUACAAGAGGCUAAUUAUGACGGGACACUGUGUCACAGCAUCCAGUACAGAUCUGGAGACAAACGGUACAUGUUAGUUGGACCCAGGAUGAGUACAGGAUCUACUAUAGUCCCGGGCAGCCACGCGAACACACUAGUGCUCCCUGACAGGAGGAGGAUAUCUGAAGAGGUAGGACAAAUUUAA